AUGGCUAGCAUUCCAGAGAAAAUUGGAAGACCUGGGGAUAAUGAAGCAGAUAUGAGAACACUGAACAUAAGUAACAGCUCGAAACAUGACUUAAGCAAUGAUGAAAGUUACAAAAAGUUGAAGGAAGACAAGAAGAGGAUGAAGAAGGAAUUGUUAAUUAAGGACAGUGAAAUAAAGAGCUUAAGGAAAUUAUUGGAAGAAAGAGACAAGGACACGAAAAUAAAUUAUAUACCACUGAAUGAAGCUAGGAAAAUUACAUAUAAAGCAUUACGGAAAGGAUCAGCGGCACAGAAAUUCAUCUACCUAAUAGAAAGUAACAGUAUCAAUUAUAAGUUGAAAAAGAAUGCCAUCAACCAGCUGGUACUUAACGCGUUUGGAGUUAUGCAUCACCAGAAGAAUAGGUAUCCUGAAAUUUUGAAGUAUACGGACUCCCAUUUGAAAUUAUUUAGGCAGGAGCAAUUAAUUCUGUUGGCAGAAAAUGAAAGGCUAACAUUACAAAUGAAGGAAUUAAAAAAACAGCUUUUGGAUAACAAAAUUGAAAUUUUAAAAAAAAAUGAAAAAAAUUUAAUAAUGUCUAUGAGGAAGGGAAUGAAGGAAAUACCAUCCGCCGCGGGAGUAACAGGCGUGGAUGAAGAUGGAGACAACUACGUAGAACUAGACGCAGAUAUUGUGGAAAAAAAUUUCAUAAAUUUAAUAAAAAAUUUUAAAAUUGCACAGUUAAAGUUACUAUUUUAUGCAUUCAGAAAGUUAAGCAACAACUUAUAUUACAAUGCUGACCCUGUGAAUAUUAGUGCCAGCAUGAGUUCUUCACUUAAACGGGGUGUAGACAUUCUGAGCAACAUACUCAGGUAUAAAAAGCGUAUCUCUACAUGUGCGGCAUUUUAUAAAUUGCUAACACAUAAUGAUAACAAUUUUGUAUAUAACAAUAGGAGGUAUUCCGAACAGAGUCACAUGGUCCCAUUUGUUAACCCAACAUGCUUCAUACAAAAUGGUAAUAAAAAAAUUGGGGAGGGAAUUUCCAACUAUGUGUUUAAGCCCUACUACUAUGACAACUUGCCUAGCGCUACAUACGACAUGCGAAGGAAGAAAUGCUCUUUGCAAAAAUUAAAAAAGAAUUGUAUAAUGAAGAACUUAGCUACGGAUGGGGAUAACCAAUAUCGUGUUAGCAAUGCGGAAUGCGAAACCAUUCUUGAUCCUUUUUCUCGUGAACAUCGGAUGAAUGCAUGCAAUGCUGACACGAAUGAGCGUAGCCAUGCCGAUAACACGAACGGGACUAAUCGUAGAAUUUACAAAAACUGUUACUUGGGUUUAGAGGUAAAUAAAAACCAUAAUGAUGAUUUUGAGAAGCGUACCUGCUCCAGCGAUUUAGACCUUGACUACCUCGCAGAAUUUAGUAACUACGACAGGGAGAAGUUCAUCGACAUGUUCAUAUCGGAGACGUCCAAGAGGUGA